AUGCAGGGUGGUGAAGAUAACGAAAUGCAGGGUGUGGAAGAAGAUGUUAACGCAAACAUUGCAGAUGACUUUCCAGAGGCUGUUAGAGGAAUAGAAGAUGGUUCUGAUUCCGACAGCGGUGAUGAUAUAUGGGAUGAUGACAAAAUUCCAGAUCAUUUAUCAUCUGAUGACGAAGAUGAGGUCCAAGACAAAGAAGAUGGAGGUCGUAGAGAUGUUGACGAUCCAGAGGGUUUGUUAGCAGUGGAGAAGACUUACAAUUCUCCUGAAGAAUUCAAGCUUGCAUUGUUGAUGUACUCGUUAAAGACAAGGUACGAUAUUAAACUUUAUAGGUCUCAAGCUUUGAUAGUUGGUGCGAAGUGUUGUUAUGUGGAUGAUGAUGGUUUGAGAUGUCCUUGGAGAGUCUAUUGUUCAUAUGAGAAGAGGAAGCAUAAGAUGCAGAUAAAAGUAUAUGUCAAUGAGCAUAUAUGUGUGAGGUCAGGCUAUUCGAAGAUGUGGAAUUGGUCUACUGUUUCUUUUUUGUUUGAGGAAAGGCUGAGAUUGAAUCCAAAGAUUACUAAAAACGAGAUGACUGCUGAGAUCAAAAGGGAGUAUAAGUUGGAGGUGACUCCAGACCAGUGUGCAAAGGCGAAGACUAAAAAAGAAUCUUGGAAAGAAACAUGUAGACCCAUCAUAGGAUUGGAUGGAGCUUUCCUAAAGUGGGAUAUAAAAGGUCAUAUUCUAGCUGCUGUUGGUAGAGAUGGAGAUAAUAGGAUUGUUCCUCUUGCUUGGGCAGUUGUAGAAAUAGAAAAUGAUGAUAAUUGGGAUUGGUUUGUGAGACAUCUUGCUGCAAGUUUGGGUCUUCAUACAAUGAGGAAUAUCGCCCUCAUUUCAGAUAAACAAUUGGGCUUGGUCAAAGCUAUCUAUAGCGUUCUGCCACAUGCUGAGCAUCGACAGUGUGCUAAACACAUAAUGGAGAAUUGGAAAAAAGACAGCCACGAUCAAUAA